AUGCGUGUAUCUCGUGGUAAGGAGAAAGCAGUGGAUAUGAUUAGUGGAAAAUGGAAAGAUAGCUUCCAUCUUGUCUAUAGUUUCAAGGCUGAGGUGGAGAAGUGUUCUCCUGGUAGUGUAGUGGAAAUAGACAAAGAGACUGUGAAGUACUCAAUCAAAGGAAAAGUCAGGGAGAAGGAAUGCUUUAGGAGAGUGUUCGUUUCAUUCAAGGCAUGUUGGCAAGGGUUUUUAGAUGGGUGUCGACCAUACUUGGCCGUGGAUUCAACUGCACUAAACGGCAUAUUCAAAGGGCAGCUAGCUUCUGCUUGUGCCAUUGAUGGCCGUAAUUGGCUUUACCUGGUUGCCUACGGGGUGAUAGAGACAGAAUCAUCAGAUAGUUGGGCUUGGUUUCUUCAAAAUCUAUGUAAUCUUAUUGGGCAUCCUGAAGGACUAGUCAUACACACCGACGCUUGUAAAGGUUUAGAGAUAGCAGUAGAACAAGUGUGGCCUGGAGUGGAGCAUAGGGAGUGUAUGAGGCAUCUUGUUGCAAAUUUUGGAAAAAAAAUCAAGGGCAAGGUCUAUGAUGAUAAUCUUUGGCCAGCAAGCUUGACUUACAAUUCUAGGAAGCACAAUUGGCAUAUGAAACAGAUCCUUGCUAAGAAGAGUGUUCAAAAAUAUAUGGCUGAACACCACACAAAGAUAUGGUAUAGAAGCAAGUUCAAUGAAAUCUGCAAGGUUGACUACAUCAAUAACAACCUCGCAGAGUCAUUUAAUAGCAAAGUCAGGAAAAUUAAGGCUCUUCUUAUUGUUGACAUGUUGGACAAGAUUAGGCAGAUGAUAAUGGAGAAGUUUGAUUUGCGGAUGAGGAUAGCAUUAGAAAAAUGGCCUGGCUAUCUCAUAAUACCAAGUGUGAUAAAGGCACUACAUGCCAAAUCCAAAGGACUAAAGAUGAAGGUAGUUAGACGCAGUGAUGUUGAGGCAGAAAUUACUGCAGUGGACAAAGAAAAUAGGGAAUGGAGGUACCCUGUUGACAUAGCCAAGGAAACAUGUAGCUGCAGGCAAUGGCAAGUCAAGGGUUUGCCAUGUAUCCAUGCUCUAUAUUUCAUUACUUCACUAAGAGGUCCGGUAUCAGAAAUUGAACCUUAUGUACAUGAGUUCUACUCCGUAGCAAAAUUCAAGGCUGCGUAUGUAGACAACAUACCUGCAAUGGUAGGCAAGCAACAAUGGGACAUUCUUGACCCUGGCUUCAAACUACAAGCUCCAGUGUUGAGGAGGCCAAAAGGACGAUCGCGGAAGACUAGAAUCAGAUCUAGUGCUGAAGGUGCUGGCCUUGGCCCUAGGAAAAGGAAGUGCAAGCGUUGCGGAGGCUUCGGCCACAUAGCGAGAAUUUGCAAAAAUCCAGUUGACCCAGCAUUUGGAGAAGAUGAGGCUGACCUACAUGCUGGAGAUGCCCCUUUUGUGGCCGGAGAAGGCGACCUUGAGCCAUCCGUGGUUGCAAGUUCUGUGGGGUAA